CAGCACCCGAUCAUGGUUCACAUAGAGCGAGGGCUCCAGUGAGGAGGGAGGGGAAGGGCAGGGAAGGGGGUGGCAGGCAGAGUGAAGGAACAGUCAGGCUAAGGAGAGCAAAAGAGGCACCAGGCAAGCAAGAAAAGGAAGGACAAACAGACAGGGAGGGAGCGAGAACUUCCAGUUGGCCUCAAAGGAAGAUUAAGAACCUCAGCCCAAGUGAGGAGGAAUUAUGGGGUACAGGAAGAGUCCGGUGGGGUCCUCCGGAGGGGGCAAUGCACCCCCUGGCAAUGAGAAGAAGGAAAAAGCAGAAACUGGAGGCCCAGUGGUGGAGGAAGCCCAAAGGUGUUGUGGUUGCCGUUUUCCUUUGCUGGUCGCUCUGCUACAACUUCUCCUGGGUAUCGCGAUAGCAGGCGUGGGCUUUCUCAUGGUGGCCUUAAGCCCCUCUUUGCUAACAAGGGAAACACCCUACUGGGCCGGCAUCAUUAUGUGCGUGGUGUCUCUGGUGGGAUUCAUACUCUUCUGCAUCACCAGAGUGCCUGAUGAGAGAGCAUCAGUGCAAUUUAUAACAAAGCUCCUGUACUUCCUCCUUUGCACGAUGGGGCUGGUCAUCUCCAUACUGGUCAUUGCCUACCAGUGCCACCACUGCGCACUUACUUACAGCCUCAUCUGCGAUAAAUUAGGGGAGGACUGCUUUUGCACCCUGGACCCUACAGAUCCUAUUGCCCGUACCUUUAACUACAGUGGUGUGACAGACUGCAGCACCAUCAAAAGCACACUACCAAUGUACAACAUUCUGCAGAUGGUCCUGAAUCUGGCUCAGGCCGUUGUUUGCCUGGUGGGGGCCUUCAUGAUAUGGAAGCACCGCUAUCAGGUGUUUUUUGCCGGACUACAGAUGGGAUCCCCCUCUGCCAUGCAGUGGCAGAGCGUUUAGGGCACUGAGUAGAAGAAAUCAUGUAGAGUGUGGGAGUGUUUGUGCCUUUAGGAUGGAAACUUUUUUCUGCAAUAUCUGCCCCAAUGGAAGUUUUGUGUCAUAUGUGACCUUUUGUCAAAGCAAUUGAUUGAUGCUAUGUUUGCAUUGCAAAAUUACAAUAUCAUGGAAAGUUUUGUGAUUUUUAGUGGUAUUUUUCUACAUUGGAUUUUUUAAAAUUUCCACUGAUCAAGGUAAACCAUCUUUACUGUUGCCACUGCCAAGGAGAGUAUUUUUAUCUCUGAAACCUGUAUAUGACGCAAAACGAGACCUGUCGUUUUGCAAAAAUGAGCUGCACAAUCUGUUGUUGUUUCUGUGGUGAUAACGAUAUGCAUAAAAUGUCAUUUAAUUGCCAGUCUUAAUUGUUUGCUUAGUCAAAGAAAAACACAUCAAUAUGUAAUCAUUUCAGCUAAAAAGAAAUCUUCAUGCUGUGGAGGUGCGGUGAACUUUUCAAAGAGAUGGUAUAUAAAUUACACGAUUGCUUGGUUUCUUGGUAGUACAUCUUAAUCUGUGAUAUUGAGCAAAUUCCAACUUGCGCACAAAACAUUUAACAAUAAGUUACCAAUAAAUAACAAAAUAAAUGACUGUAAAUAACAAUAAAUAACUAUAUACAAAAUAUUUUAAUAAUAAUAAUAAAAACAUUAAAAACCGACCUUGCUUUGCGGGGCCCCCUGGUGGCUCGGGAACCUUAAGCGUGAUGCUUUUACCACUUAUAGCUAGAAAGGGCCAUGCUGAAAGUUAUGGUGGGACACUGCAAAACCUUUGGCCCCCCUUUUUAAUCACUCACUUCUGGGGCCCCAACUGUUCCAGGACAAUGUUCAUGUUUGUUCUCCUGCUGCUGGUGCAAAUAUGUGCAUAAGAUGUUUAAAUAAGCAUUUUUAUUGGUUCUUGCUCAUUUUUUUCUAAUAAACAUAUUUUUUUAACUAUUGUAUCAUUAAGAUUGAUAACCAAUUUAGACGACAAUUGCCUUACCAUGAGAGACUGUUUUUAAAUGGAAUAUUUCACCCAAUAUUUCACCAUUUACUCACAGUCAUGCCAUCCUAGAUGUGUCCGACUUUCUUCUGCUGAACACAAACGAAGAUUUUUAGAAUAAUAGUUCAGCUCUGUAGUUCCAUACAAUGCAAGUUAAUGGUGGCCAGAACUUAAAAGCCAAAAUAAAAGAUACAUAAAGGCAGCAUAAAAGUAAUCCAUAUGACUCCAGUGGUUAAAUCCAUAGCUUCAAAAGUGAUACACAAGGUGUGGUUUAGAAACAGAUAAACGUAUAGUGCAUUUUUAUUAGUUUGUGUGUUUCCUUAAAAUCAAACCCAUGAUCUCGGCAUUGCUAGCGCUACGCUCUACCAGUUGAGCUACAAUAACUUUUAUGUUGUCUUUAUGUGGAUUUUGGAACUUCAAAUUUUGGUCACCAUUCACUUGCAAUAUUUGGACCUAGAGAGCUUAAAUAUUCUUCCAAAAGUCUUAAUUUGUGUUCUGCAGAAGAAAGAAAGCCAUACACCUCUAAGAUGACACGAGGUGAGUAAAUGACGAGAGGAUUUUCUUUUUUGGGUGAACUAUCCCUUUAAAUGUAAUUGCUAGUGUUAUGUUCUACAACAGGUAUUAAUAUAUUAUUUUUAAUAAAUUAAGCCAUAUUAUAAACUCUGUUAUGAAGUAAGAAUACACACAGAUGAUGGCCUGCCUUAAAUGGAAUCGGAUAUCUAAAAAUCAGAUACAAAAAUAUCAAAUUAUUGGAUUGAACUUACUGCUUUAAGAAAAGAACUGCUAAAAUAACUGAAAAGACAAACAAAAAGGAAAGGUGUGUCCAACUGUCCAAUGAUGUGACUCGCCAGGCUUGUGGACUGAGGUCAUAGUUCACACAGCCAGACUGUGUGUGUGUGUGUGGGUGAGUGGGGGGGUUAAAGGGGUACUUGGAGAAACUGUCACUGCCUCCAGCUACAUGAAACUGAUGAGUAAAUUGACUUUUCCCUCCAUUUUUUUACAUUGCAACAUAUGCCAAAGUAGUCUACAACAUAUUUUGAAUUUGAGGCAAAGUGAAAAUUAAACAAGUGUUAAACUUGAUAACUAAACCAAAAAUGCAUGAAGCUCUAUGCUCAUCAACUUAUAGUCAAUGAAACUUGUAACCAAACUAAAAUAAACAAGACUGCUAAUUAUAACAGUAAGAGAGCUGAUUGGGGGUGUUAAAAAGUCCUGUCUCUUUAAAAACAUCCUUCAAUCUGGUGUUUGGAAGAGAUGCAACAUGAUGGUUUGAUACAGAAGAAAAAAACAGCCCUAAAUGAACACUUUGUAUGACUCAUCUUUCCUGUGAGCCGAUUUCUAAUAAAAGACAUUUACAUAACUCUCUCCCUCAUCUUUAUAUCGCAUUUCCUCUAAAAAUUAUUAAAUGAAUUUCAUAGUCUUCUGUUUCUGCCAUGACGCUAAUGUGAAAUAUGUCUUCAUUGGUUAAUUUCCACAAAUCCAUUCUAUGUAUCCUAUCGCUAAUACAUCUGAUCAAAUAACAUUCAUAUAUAAUAAUAAUACUGCUAUACACGGCAAUCAUACUUAAUAAACAAUCACUUUCCUUGCAGUAUGAAUCCCAACUUAAAUGGUCAUAUUUCACCUAAAAAUUAUUUUAUCAUUUACUCACCCUCAUGACAUCCCAGAUGUGUAUGACUUUCUUUUUUCAGCAGAACACAAAGAUUUUUAGAAUAAUAUUUCAGCUCUGUACAUUAAGUAAACAUGUACCAAAACUUUGAAGCUCCAAGAAGCAUAUAAAUGCAGCAUAAAAGCAAUCCAUGCGACUCCGGUGUUUAAAUCUCUAUAUUCAGAAGCGAUAUCAUAGGUGUGGGUGAGAAAUAGAUCGAUAUUGAAGACGUUUUACCAUAAAUUCUCCUCCCUGCCCAGUAGAUGGCGAUAUACAUAAAGAAAGGGAAUCAUCAAAAACAAAAGAAGAAUGUGAUAGUGGAAAUUUAUUGUAAAAAUGGACUAAAUAUUGAUUUGUUUCUCACCCACACCUAUCAUAUUACUUCAGAAUACAUGGAUUAAACAACUGGAGUCUUAUGGAUUACUUUUAAGCUGGUCCUUUUGGAUCUGGUCACCAUUCACUUACAAUGUAUGGACUGAAUAAUAGAGCUGAAUAUUCUUCAAAAAUCUUUAUUUGUGUUCUGCAGAAGAAAGAAAGUCAUACAUAUCAGAGAUGGCAUGAGGGUGAGUAAAAAAUUUUUGUGAACUAUCCCUUUAAAUACAAUAAAAUCUGUUGAGAACCAUUAAGAUUUUCUGCAUUGUCAUAUUAUUUUCACAACAAUUAAGCACGUUCCCCCCAAAUUCUCAUUGCCAUAAUGCAAUUUUUUUCUUAUUACUGUAAUGUGAAGGAAAUUGAUAUGAAAGUCAUGAAAAUUUGCUUUACUGCCUUUAUACUGA